AUGGACGCGCAUGUGAAGCUAAAGAAGGGCGAAACCCUCAACGGGCGUCUCGUCAGCUGCGGUGCCUGGAUGAGCCUGGCCCUGAGGGAGGUCUUGCAGGCUAGUUUGGAUAGGGAUAAGUUUGGCGGGAUCGCUGAGGUCGACAUGCAUAGAAAACUAUUACGUAUAAUAAGAUCUAGUUUAACCAGUGCAUGA